AUGAAAGUCCAUUAUAUUAAUAUAUUAUUGUUUGCGCUUCCAUUAAAUAUAUUGGUAAAUAACCACAAAAAACCAUCCAUUACGCCACACCAUACACAAACCAAUAGAUCAUUAUGCGAAUGUGAAUUAUAUAUGCCUAAUUAUGAUAAUGAUCCACAAAUGAAAAGUGUAAUGCAACAAUUUGAGGAUCGUGCGUCACAACGAUUUCAUGAAUACGACGAAAGGAUUCAAACUACACGUCAAAAAUGUAAAGAUCGAUGUGAUAAAGAAGUCCAAAAGAUAAUAUUAAAAGAUAAAUUAGAAAAACAAAUGGAACAACAAUUAACCACAUUAGAAACAAAAAUAG